AUGGCGCACCAGUACCCUGGCCACCAGCUCAAUGAUCUCCCCCAUGGCAAUAACUACAGACCGACGACUGGUCAUUCGGACGAUGAAGCAGAGCACUCUCUGUUACAUCAGAACGCCGCAUACCAAGUCCCGUACGAUGUUCCUCAUUCACGGCCAUUGACACCUGGACAAGAGUCGAUCUACACACUAAACGAGUCAUAUGUUGGGGGAGAUCCUUCAAAAGUUCCAGUGACAGGCACAAAUUACAAUUCGCAACCGUAUGGUCAGCAAGAAGGCUACGGCUACAGUUCGCAGGUCAACUUGCCCGCCCAGACAGGCCCGAACCCCAGCAACCCCAUGAGCACACAAGAUGCAUGGCAGGAACGGCAAGCUCCUGGGUACGGUACACUCAAACGCUAUGCUACAAGAAAGGUUAAGCUCGUUCAAGGAAGCGUUCUGAGUAUCGAUUACCCGGUUCCCAGUGCAAUCCAGAAUGCCAUUCAGUCCAAGUACCGAAACGAUCUUGAGGGUGGUAGUGAGGAAUUUACACAUAUGCGAUACACAGCGGCGACGUGUGACCCGGACGACUUCACUCUGAAAAAUGGCUAUAAUCUACGACCGGCCAUGUACAAUCGUCAUACUGAACUGUUGAUCGCCAUUACCUACUACAACGAAGACAAAGUCUUGACGGCGCGCACGCUUCAUGGUGUGAUGCAGAACAUUCGUGACAUUGUGAACUUGAAGAAAUCCGAAUUCUGGAACAAAGGUGGUCCCGCCUGGCAGAAGAUUGUGGUGUGCCUGGUUUUCGAUGGUAUCGACCCUUGCGACAAGAACACACUGGAUCUGUUGGCCACUGUCGGUGUCUACCAAGAUGGGGUCAUGAAAAAGGACGUUGAUGGCAAGGACACGGUGGUGCAUAUUUUCGAGUACACGACUCAGCUUUCCGUGACAGCUAAUCAGCAACUGAUUCGACCCAAUGACAAUGAUGCGACCUCCUUGCCUCCCGUCCAAAUGAUAUUCUGUCUGAAGCAGAAGAACAGCAAGAAGAUCAACUCCCAUCGAUGGCUCUUCAAUGCCUUCGGACGGAUCUUGAACCCAGAAGUUUGCAUUUUGCUCGAUGCAGGUACAAAGCCUGGCCCCAAAUCUCUCAUGGCUCUGUGGGAGGCAUUCUACAACGACAAAGACCUUGGCGGUGCUUGUGGUGAAAUUCAUGCCAUGUUGGGUCGUGGAGGUGUCUUUGGCAGAAAGUUGCUCAACCCUCUGGUCGCGGCUCAGAACUUCGAGUACAAGAUCAGUAACAUCCUGGACAAACCGCUGGAAAGCUCAUUCGGAUAUGUCAGUGUCUUGCCUGGUGCAUUCUCUGCGUAUCGCUUUAGAGCCAUCAUGGGUCGCCCUCUCGAGCAGUACUUCCACGGUGACCACACACUCUCGGCACGACUGGGCAAGAAAGGCAUCGAAGGCAUGAACAUUUUUAAGAAAAACAUGUUCUUGGCCGAAGAUCGUAUCUUGUGUUUCGAACUGGUGGCCAAGGCUGGAUCCAAAUGGCACCUUUCGUACGUCAAGGCAUCCAGAGCCGAAACAGAUGUACCUGAAGGCGCCCCUGAAUUUAUUGGUCAACGUCGACGUUGGUUGAACGGUUCCUUUGCCGCCUCCAUCUAUUCCCUCAUGCAUUUCUCUCGCAUGUACAAAUCCGGGCACAACCUCAUUCGAAUGUUCUUCUUCCACAUUCAGAUGCUAUACAACAUUGUCUCCGUCCUUCUCUCCUGGUUUUCUCUUGCGUCGUUCUGGCUCACGUCGAAAAUUCUGAUGGAUCUUGUCGGUCAACCUAGCACUGCAAACGACAACACAGCAUUUCCGUUUGGUGACAAGGCGACUCCCAUUGUCAACACCGUCCUGCAAUAUCUCUAUCUAGCCUUCCUCCUACUCCAGUUCAUCCUCGCGCUCGGAAAUCGGCCCAAGGGUUCGAAGAUGGCGUACAUCAUGUCAUUCGCCCUCUUUGCACUUAUCCAGUUGUAUGUCAUGGUUUUGUCCAUUUACCUGGUGGUUCGAGCAUUCACAACCAAAGACGGCACCGACAUUGUGACGAACGAGGGUGCCAACGAGUUUGUUAAAUCAUUCUUUGCAUCGACAGGACCGGGUAUUGUCAUAAUCGCAUUGGCGUCUACAUUCGGCUUGUAUUUCGUCGCUUCCUUCCUGUACUUGGAUCCAUGGCACAUGUUCACCUCUUUCUUUCAAUACCUGCUCCUGAUGCCGUCGUUCAUCAACAUCCUCAUGAUUUAUGCUUUCAGCAAUUGGCACGACGUCUCAUGGGGUACGAAGGGUUCCGAUAAGGCAGAAGCCUUGCCAUCCGCCCAGUCAAAGAGGGACGAGAAGGGCAAGACGGCAGUCAUCGAGGAAAUCGAUAAACCACAGGCGGAUAUCGACAGUCAGUUUGAAGCCACCGUGAGACGUGCCCUAGCUCCCUACAAGCCUCCGGAGGAGAAAGAAGAAAAGACCCUUGAGGAUUCGUACAAGAACUUCCGAACUCGACUUGUCGCCACUUGGCUUUUCUCAAAUGCCCUGCUGGCCGUCGCAAUUACUAGUGACAGUGUCGACAAAUUCGGAUUCACUGUAAGUUCUAUCUCCCUCCCUCGAGGUGGAUGUUUCACUAAUGAAAUGCCCAGUCUAAAGCAACGACUCGAAGUAGUCACUAUUUCCAAGCUCUGCUCUGGACCACGGCGGUUCUAUCACUGA